CAUUGUUCCAGAAGCGGAAGGCGCAGUAUUUGAUUCGAUGUGUACAUUCCGAUAUUCUAUUGUAAACAUUGCUGAGUUGAGUUAAGUGGUUCCGAUGAUUAGAUGGUAGGUAGAAUGGACGAAGUUGAUGGUGUUUUACCUGGUGAGAAUGGUUUAAUUGUGAACCCGUUUGACGCCGAUACCACGGACACUCUUCAUCUACCUCAUUUCAGCCCUUCUGUGUUUGCCAGGACUGUCACGCCGUCCAAGGAAAUUAGCUCACCGAGUGAAUUUACUUGGUCAAUUGAUAAUUUAGCAAUAUUGCACCCGGUUGAUAUUGAUGAGACUGUACAUCAAGACAGUGGCGACCUUGAUGUAGAUGUUGAAGAAAAAGCACAAAAAGCAAUAGAUAAGUUUUUCUCUCAGAAGGAGCUAGUUCCAUCACCAUGGACAGAAAGCAGACAAAUCAAACAUGUCAAGUUUUCACCUAAUCCUCCUUCCACAGAUGACAUUACUGAACACUGUAGUGAUACCUCCAUGCAAUCUCCUAAAGGUGCAAAUAUUUACAAAAAUAACAUCAAAGGUGUUGAUGCAUGCUGUCAAACAACAUUGACAAUCCCAUCAGAUUUGGAUCUCCAAGCUGUUCUGGGUCACUUAUACUCGUACAAUGAGGAUGGAGAUUAUGACGAUGAAGUCAGCCUGUCGUCGCUGCGACGGAAGUUAUUUUUCCAGGGCAAAAACUCUUCUCUUCUGAGUCCAGUGAAGAAUGUUGGCAGCUCACAGCAGUCUACGCGGUGUGGUGAAAACUCGCCCUCUAUAUCACCAGUCAGUAGCUCGUAUUCCUCACAUGAUACGCCAGUGAAAACAUCUCCAUUGAUUCAGUUCUCGUCUAGUCCAAUCCAACGUAAUUUAUCAUCUUGUCUGAGAACGCCACAUGUUCUGACUAGGGCAUCGUCUUCGUGCUCUGUUGCUAUGGAUACGCCAUCACUGUCGCCAGUCAUCAAGUCUAUUUUGAAAACUCCAGGUACAUGUAACUCAGGUACUGGUUGUAGUUUUAUUUCCCUACCUGAAGUAUCUCCCAUCACAUCAGGAAAACAUGUCGCUCGGAUCCACCAAUCAGAAUCCAGGAUAAAUGUGGACACUCCAGUAAAGUCGUUAUCAUUCAUGCUAGAGAGAACUCUUGACAACUCCAGUUGUGAUGCUCCAUGCCAUGAAAACACAAGAUCUGAGUCACAUGACAGAGGUAGCCCUUACUUGAUUGGUUCUGAAUGCAUGACAUCAUCAUUAGUUAAUAGUCAUUCACCCCAACUUAUUGGAGAGGAUUCACACAACCAUGACAGUGGCAAAACAAUCUCGUUGCCCACCAUGACAACACCAAGUGUAAUAUGCGACUCUGAGGACGUUAAUCAUGCGGAUUGUUUGGAGCAUGUCAUUGAUUUGAACCCUCUGAUAAACAGUACUGCGCUGCAGGAUACGUUUGGCAGCGAGGUAUCCACGCACCAUGAAGUCACGUUUCAAGUAGAUAGCGGGUUCACCACACAGAGUAUGGACAUUGAAAUAACCAAUAGUGAAAGCCAUGAUUAUUUUUCUGUAAGCUGCGACAAAGCUUUAAACAACUCCCAGGCAAGGAUUAUUAACGGUUCAUCUGAUAGUGACUUCAGCACAGACUGCAGCAGUGAUUUUGAUAUGUCCGUUGUGCAGACAGACUUGCAGAAUGAAAAAAAACGAAUAUCACUCAUGGAUACUCAUUUUAAAUCCAGACAGAGAAUACAGAGUGCAGCGACUCAGGACGGGAUGGACUUAAACUGUUCUAAUGAACCAGAGAGCAAUGUGAUGACAAAGCAUGAUGUGCCAAAACAGGCAACUUGUCGGGAAACUGAUCACCUCAUAAAACCAAAAGUAAAACUGCAGAGAAUGGUGUUUCAGGAGUAUAUGGAUAUGAAUAAUACUAGCUUGCUUGAUUUAGAUACGCCAUGUUUCGUAACAGAUAAAGGAACACAGAAAAAUAACUCGGCAAAACUUAGUGCGGAAGAAAGUGGUUGUAAAGUGAGGUCGCUGGCUCAAAGACUUGUCUCUCAAGACAUCAUGGACUGCAAUUAUAAUUCAGCUGGAUUUGUUAAGAAUACAAAAAGUGUGGAAAGUAACAACUCUCUCAACAGUGUUCAAAAUGUUACAGAAAACUGUCAAAAUGUCACACCCUCACAUUAUAAGAAUGAACUGCAAAACGAAAAGUUGUAUCAAAAGACUGCUCAAAUUCUCAGGAAACCUGUCGUGCUGGCUGACAAAUCAAACACUUGCGAGAAUGCUAGAACUAAUAUAUUUCAAUACAGCUAUAGGUUUUCCCCGUGUUCUACCAAGUACCGCCCUUUUUAUAAAAGAUCAAGGACAAAAAUCUUAUCAAGUCCUAGAAUUAUUAACCAGAACAAGUUGGGAGCACCAUUCUUUCCAUGGAAACCACGGAUGUCAACAUCUUCAAACAUGGCAGUCGGUGUCGGCCAUAUUGGGACUUUGUCUACACGGAUAACUGAUGACAUAGUCAGUGAGCUGACGCAUAGAUCUGCCGUUCAAUUCAGUGCAUCAUAUCAAACUCAAAACAAAAUGGAUGAGUGAAUCAUCGAACCACCGUCAGUAAUGACUGUUAUGGCUGAACACACCAUAAAGACAUGUAUACUGAUUAUCUUUGCAAUAUCUAAAAUCAUUCUAAUUUCAUGAAAGAAAAAAUUGUCGGGCAUUAAGAAAUACUGCAGAAUUUUGUAAACAUGCAAGUUUGAGAAAAAUCACGAAAAAAUUUUUGUCUGCGGAAAUCUAACAGUUCAAUAGUCUAAAUUGUAAUGGUUGAAACCAACACAGUUGAGUUAAUGUGUCAUAUUUGAUAGUGGUCCCAGUGUGAAUUGCAUGACUGAAAGCGUGUCAUCAUAUUCCUUAGGGGAACAGAACAAUAUGUACAUACAUAAACUGUGUUUCAUUUCAUUAAAGUUGUGCUAAUUAUUGGUAAGACUUGGCAAAAGAAAUUCACGAAUACAGUCAAAUGAGAAAUGAAAAAAAUGCUUAUCAACGAUUCCAUAAAAAUCGUAAUAAGUUGAAUGUUUAAGACAUUUAUUUCCAGUGAUU